AACAUGUGCGUGUCCAUUGGGUCACCGUUUCUUGCAACGAGGUUGGUUUUCCGGGAGUUCCACGGAUAAUUCUACCGUCUCUCUUAUCCUUCUUCCUUCCUUCCUUCCUUCCGAACCUUUGCUGGAAGUAAUCGACCGCGAAUCUCGAAUCAUCCAUGGCUGGAUUUGUGGGAAUGGGUCGGUGGAGCUAUAAAUUAUUUGAAUGAUCCUUCGGUCGGUGUGAUUUAUUUGCUGGACUCUCGAUGGAGCCGAUAGUGGGUUAUACUUCAACGCAUGCAUCCCAAAGUACAUAAUCUUUGACAGACACCGGCAGUCAUUAUAUCAUUAAAAUCCAUGAAUGCUAACGAAGGUGAUUCCCAUUUUAUGCCUCAAAACCAUCAAUCUUCAGAUUAUGUUUCUUCUGAUGAUGGAUUCCAGCAAAGGCAUGUUCAACCUCAGACAAGUCAUGUGCCAUUCUGCACUCUAGAGUCCUCGUUGGCAACUGCUAAUUGUACCACACACAACCCUCCGUCUUCUCUCAGUUUCUCACCUAUCAGUGGAUCCUCUAUGUCCCAGCAGGAUUCCGUAUCCGAUAAUGCCAAUGGAUCUCCAGUUAGUGCGACUAUUGAAGACCCAAGUGAUCUGAAGAACAGGUUAAGGGAGAUAGAAGCUGCAAUGCUGGGGCCUGAUUUGGAUACGAUUGGGAACUCUGAUAACGGCUAUCCGGGCGAUCUGUCACUCGAGCCAGAGAAGUGGAGAGGAGUGAUGGAAACUCCCAGAGGAGACUUGAAACAAUUUCUCAUAGCCUGUGCUAGAGCUGUUGCAGAGAAUGAUCUGAUUGCUGUUGAAUGGCUGAUUUCGGAGUUGAGGCAGAUGGUUUCAGUUUCAGGGGAACCAAUUCAACGGCUAGGGGCAUACUUGCUUGAAGGCCUAAUAGCUAGGCUGGCUUCCUCUGGUAGUUCCAUCUACAAAGCUUUGAAGUGUAAAGAACCUGUGAGUUCUGACCUCCUCAGCUACAUGCAUAUCCUUUAUGAGGUCUGCCCAUACUUCAAGUUUGGCUACUUGUCUGCAAACGGGGCAAUUGUUGAGGCUGUCAAGGGUGAAAACAUGGUUCACAUCAUCGAUUUCCAGAUCACGCAGGGAAGCCAAUGGGUGACCCUCAUUCAAGCCCUUGCAGCAAUGCCUGGUGGUCCGCCGCGCAUAAGAAUAACCGGUAUCGAUGAUAAUGUUUCUGCUUAUGCACGGGGUGGUGGUCUACACAUUGUCGGACAGAGAUUAUCUCGACUCGCUGAAUCUUGCAACGUGCCUUUUGAAUUCCACAGUGUGGCGAUGUCAAGCUGUGAUGUGGAGCUCGAGCAUCUUGACAUUCAGCCAGGGGAGGCAUUGGCAAUAAACUUCAAUUUGCAUCUGCAUCACAUGCCAGACGAAAGUGUGAGCACGAGGAACCACCGAGACAGGCUGUUGCGGAUGAUCAAGAGUGUUUCUCCAAAGGUAGUGACACUCGUGGAACAUGAAGCCAACACAAACACAGCUCCAUUUUUUCCGAGAUUUCUGGAGACUCUAGACUACUAUACUGCCAUUUUUGAUUCGAUCGAUGUGUGUCUUCCAAGGGAGAACAAAGAGAGAAUCAGCGUAGAGCAGCACUGCCUUGCAAGGGACAUUGUUAAUAUUAUUGCUUGCGAGGGUGCUGAAAGAGUGGAGAGGUAUGAGCUUUUCGGCAAAUGGAAUUCUCGGUUUACGAUGGCUGGAUUCAGACCAUACCAUCUUAGUCCAUUGGUAAAUGCAACCAUCAAGACACUGUUACAGAACUACUCGGAACACUAUCGACUUGAAGAGCGAGAUGGCAUACUUUAUCUCGGAUGGAAGAAUCGACCGCUCGUUGUCUCGUGCGCCUGGAGAUGAACUGAGGGAUCUGACAAGCUAAACGAUAAAUCUUUGAUCCGUUGCUAUUGGUGUAACUCUGAGGAGUUUUGUGUUAUGACCUGGUCAUUAGUUGUAACAUUAAAAUUGCAGUUAGAAAGAAAGAGAUUAAAAUCUCCACAACAUUGUGUGAUUUGAAAUUUUUCUUAUGUCCAUCUUCCUUUUAUAUGUACAUAUACGAUAUGACAUGCCGGACAAUUAAGAUCUAUUUCAAUACAUGUAUUUGAAUAUUUGU